AUGAAUCCAUAUAUCUUAGCUACUUUACUAUUUAGCCUUGGACUAGGAACCACCAUUACACUCACAAGCUCUCACUGACUAUUUGCCUGAAUAGGCUUAGAAAUUAAUACUCUAGCCAUCCUCCCCCUCAUAGCCCAACAACACCACCCCCGAGCAGUUGAGGCCACCAUAAAAUAUUUCCUCACCCAAGCAACAGGAGCGGCUACCCUCUUAUUUGCCAGCACGACCAAUGCAUGACUAACAGGCCAAUGGGACAUCCUACAAAUAUCCCACCCCCUCGCAAUUACUAUGGUGAUUCUUGCCCUCUCCCUGAAAGUUGGCCUUGCCCCCUUGCACACAUGACUGCCCGAAGUACUUCAAGGGUUAGACUUAACCACAGGCCUCAUUUUAUCAACCUGGCAAAAACUAGCACCCUUCGCCCUAUUUCUUCAAAUUCAACCCGCCAACCCCCAAAUCUUAAUUAUACUGGGCAUUACCUCUACCCUUGUCGGUGGCUGAGGGGGGCUAAAUCAAACACAACUCCGAAAAAUCCUAGCAUACUCCUCCACAGCCCACUUAGGCUGAAUAAUUUUAAUCCUCCAGUUCUCACCCUCCUUAGCCCUCCUAACCUUAAUUACAUACUUGAUCAUAACAUCCUCAACAUUCCUUGUGUUCAAACUAAACAAAUCAACAAGCAUCAACAUACUCGCCACCUCUUGAACAAAAGCCCCUGCACUAACAACCCUCACCCCCUUAAUUUUACUAUCACUAGGGGGCCUUCCACCACUAACAGGCUUUAUACCAAAAUGACUUAUUCUUCAAGAACUUACCAAACAGGAACUAGCACCCAUCGCCACACUAACCGCACUAACCGCCCUACUCAGCCUAUAUUUCUACUUACGAUUAACAUACGCUAUAACACUCACCAUAUCCCCUAAUAACGUAACAGGUACAACCCCCUGACGCCUCCCAUCCCUACAACUAACACUCCCCCUUGCUACCUUAACCACAGCAACAAUCUGCCUACUCCCACUUACCCCUACUAUAGCGGCACUAUUCAACCUAU